GUCGGCUUUUUCGUGAUCCACCGUGCCAAUGCUGUUUCCAGUUUCCUGCAGUUUGACUUCAGCAAGCGCUUAGUAUUGUUGUUCCGCUGCAGACGAGUGUUUGUUGGAGUGUUACAUCAGCCUUUUCUCCACUACCUGUAUGCUGUGUGUGUUUGACUCGGCAACCGGCACCGUGGUGCGAUAGAAAAACAGGUCACCUCGUCAUCAGUCAGCCCAGAAAUAACAAUCGCUUCCUGCUCGCCAAACAACGCGAGAGAGAGAGACUUUCACUUUUUCCACCAUCAUUUGUCCAUGCAUUGUUAUAAUUAUGUGAGACCUGCCAACUGCAUGUAACCCGCGCGUACAAUGACUGGGAGAUUUAUUGCGCUGUUCACCUUGUGGCAUUGCUGAUACAGCGCUGUCAUUAUCCGGCGCUGCGUAUAUACGCACGCGAUGCCAUUGAUAUUCCAGUUCCUCUUGCGCUAGUGGUGUUUGUUGAAUAAUUUUUCUUAAAGGAACGGAAAAUGUGGAUCACGUAUUGCUGUUUUUACUCAUUUUUGCCGGUGAUAUUAUCCGCUGCCAAAGCACAGAAAGAGAUUGCUGUUGAUAAUUAUCUGGACAGUGCACCGUUGAUUAGCUCACAACCGGUGAUACAGGAUGUGGUCAACGCUUCCGCUUCCAAUGACACAGCAAAAACCAUUUGCACAACGGCAUCGUGCCAAAAAACCGCUGAUAAAUUUCUCAUCCGGAUCAACAGUUCCGCUGAUCCCUGCGAUGACUUUUUCGAGUAUGCAUGCGGCAAAUGGGUGAGCACGCACGAGAUCCCCGAUAACGAAAGCGAAAUCAGCGACUUCUACUUCUUGACGCAAAAGAUGAAGAAAGUCGGACAACAAAUUUUAAGAUCCAUGAAGGGUCACAUGUUCCCCUCGGAAGUUAAGGCCAAAACUCUUUUCCGGCAGUGCAGCAACGAAGCGGAAAUUGAGAAAUUGCGCGCGCAACCGUUGUUGGACAUCCUGCAGGAGUUUGUCAGCGGAUGGCCGCUGCUGGAAUCCAACUGGGAUGCAUCGCGUUUUGAUAUCUUCGACACACUGGUGAAGAACUUCUUCGUGGGCAAUGAGCCCUUCUUCGCCGUCACCGUGGCCGCAGAUGUGGAAAAUCCCUUGACGAAUGUCAUACAAAUUAAUUCCCCUUCGACGUAUGCCGCCAUCGAUGUGCUGACCAACGAAGUUACCGGCAAACUGUAUACCGAGAGCUAUUUGACCUUUCUGAUGAACAUGACUUCGUUGUUGUUGCGGGAUUUGAACAGCACGGUGGAUGUGAAUACUUUCUCGCCUAACAUAACGGAAAUUGUGGAGAUUGAGAGAUCUUUUGGCAUGGCCAAAUUAACCGCCGUAGAAAAUGCCGACGACAGCAUAUACCUGAACCGUAUGACCUUAUCCCAACUACAAGACCGCUACCAGUUCAACUCCAGUAUUUUACGCAACCUGACCAACUACGUCCGCGAAUAUUACAGCGCCGCCAAUCUGUCCAGUGCCAUUACGGACAACACCACGGUGGUGGUGCCCAAUCUGCGAUUCCUGCCGGUCAUCGAUGCCCGGCUGGCGGAAUUUGAAAGCCAGGGGGAGGAGGGAAAACGGCGCUUAGCUAACUACAUCGGUUGGCAACUGGUAUCCGGUAUGCCUAUUUAUUUACCCAAGGAAUACCGGUACGCGCUGGCGGAGUACAGUCAGCGGAUUACGGGCCGGAAGGCCAAACGGGAUCCGCCGGUGGGCGAGCGGUGUCUGAGUAUUGUCACACAGACGAUGCCGUUGUGUAUGGGAGCGAUGUAUGUGAGGGAUUCGGUGCCCAGUGGAAUGAAGUCAAAGGCCACCAUGAUGGUGAACGAUAUACAAGUUGGCUUUCGAGAACUGCUGGACGGCGCAGACUGGAUGGACAAUGCCACCUACCAGAAGGCGAUGGUCAAGCUGAACGCCAUCAUCAACGUCGUCGGGUAUCCUGAUAUCUUUCUCACCAAUACCUCCGCGAUCGAUGAGGAGUACCAAUACGUCACGAUUCAGCCGACAUAUAUGGAGACGAUUACCAAGAGCAUCAAGAACGCGGUGGUGCGUGUGAUGAAGCGAUGGUCAAGGCCCAAUAUCCGCUACAAUCCCAUCGAAGAUACCAUGGAUAUAACGGAAGUCAAUGCGUUCUACUCACACAAUAAUAAUCUUCUCACAAUGUUAGCCGCCAUAUUGCAGCUGCCGUUCUAUGACUCCAAGAGUCCGCAGUAUCUGAAUUACGGAGCCAUCGGGUCUAUCAUCGGGCACGAGACAACCCAUGGGUUCGACGAUACCGGUGCUAAGUACGAUGAUCAGGGUUUCCGGCGCGUAUGGUGGACCAACACUACCGCGGUGCUGUAUGAAGACAGGAAGAAGGGAAUGAUUGAACAAUAUAAUAAUUAUACGCUGCCAGCCGGAAAGGUCAACGGGCAAUUGACACUCGGAGAGAAUAUUGCGGAUAACGGAGGAUUAAGGGCGUCCUUUAAGGGAUAUACGCGAUACCUACAGCGGUUAUCCAAACCAGAACCUGUUCUACCUGGACUGGUGGACUAUACACCACUACAGUUAUUUUUUCUUUCGUUUGGCCAGGUGUGGUGCAAUAAAGAGAGGAUAGAAAGUGAACGCGUAGAUUUAUUAACGGAAGAGCAUUCUCCUAAUCGAUUCCGGGUGAACGGAGCGGUGUCCAAUAUGCCGGAAUUCGCUCAAACAUUUAACUGUACUGAAAAUGCUAGAAUGAAUCCCGCAGUCAAGCAAGUUGUCUGGUAAUUAUUCAAUGUUUAAUAUAAAUGUGAGUUAAUGGUUAUGUUUACUGGUUUGUUGUACAUGUUGAUGUUGUCCACUCAUGAUCAUGAUCACAAUACGUGCCUAGUAUGUAUUGUACGAGACGUUCAAUUAA